CGGUUAUACGAUGCAAAAAGUGGGAUGAGGGCGAUUCACGUAUAAAGUCUGUAGAGCUGAGUACAAUUCUUCUUAUAAAUAAACCCUCAUAUAUAGACGCAAAUAUUUUUCAUUCAUUGACGCCCAUCAAUGGUACUUUAAAAACGUUUCGUUCAUGGAUGAAGAUAUUUUUUCGUAAUAAAAUAGGGUAAACCUAUCGUUUUUUCUGAAAUUAACCGUUCAAUUCUCUCUUUCGCGUACUACAGCUGAAGAGACACAACAAAAUUAAAAGAAGAAAAGUCUGAAGGACCAUUCUGAGACAUUUUCAACUCAAUCCUGCUGCAUUUUUCAGUGUGGGCUAGAAACAUCUGUUACUAGGGUACUAUCCCCUAAGAAGAAAAACCUUUUCGCUCAGACCUCUGGACGGCUAAAAACAUCCAUGGGCUUCCGCGCCCACAAGGAUCCCUGCGAAGCACUGUGUUCGAAAUAUGAUGAGAUAAUAUAGAAAUAGAUUUAUAAAGCGAAGUUCAAAAUAGCUACUAUGAUAUCCUUUGUAGGGCAGAGAAACGGAAUAAUUCAAGUUCUUAUUUCGAUCAACGUUUCUUGGCGGCUUUGGGCCAAUUAGAAAGAUUGCUCUAAUAUGAAUUUUACAAAAGAAUAAAGCAAUGUGCUAUGUGUCUGACAACUGAACUUGUUUUAUACAUUUUUAUAGAGAACAGAUGCAAAUUUGAUCGAAAAUGGAGAAAUUAAUCGUACUGAAGAUCAUGAUAAUGCACCGUAUCUUCAGUAUGUCCAUUACAAACCGUUCGUUUUGCAACCUUCUCCAUCUAUUCAAAUUUGCUUUUAAGUAUAUGCAUACUUAAAGUACAGACCCUAAAAACAACUUAGAAGACGUAUGUUAAAAAAACAGACAAGAAAAGACCUAUUGAUCGAUGUAGCUUUUGAUUGUAUAAUUGAUCUUUAUUUUUGUAGUAUAUAAAAAAUCAGCAAACAGAAACGUAAGAUGUAGGAACGGAAUGAACUGAUACUAUUUGUAUUGACGUGAAAUGUGUUCUUUCAACAGUUUUCUAACAAAUGAUUUUGGUCAGAUUCGUUUUACCACAAAUGGACGCUUAUCAAAUGUAAGUUGUUGAAACAGAAACGUUUAUGAAUACUUAUAUGCAGAAAUAUUUGGAAGUAGCGUAAUUUUCUGUGUUCUAGUAUAUUCGCUUACCAUUCAAUUCUGAAUAUCCAGGUCAACCAUCGGUUCUUAAAUCAACUGCCAAAGAUAUUGUGAAAUUUAUGAAAGAAGCGUGGAACUUAAAAACACCUGAAUUAAUUAUAUGUGUUACCGGAGGGGCUCAAGAGCUGGAAACAAUACCGACAAGGAUCAGAGAUGCGUUCAAACGAAGUCUAAUAGCUGCUGCAGUUACAACCGGUAAUAAAAGUAAAACGCAUAAUCUGAAAAAAGAACUGGUAGGCAAGUACACUAACUCGUACAUUCCAAAUACUCAAGAGAACACUAUUCGAAAAGGCAAUGGUAAAACACAAAGUUAGCUACACAACAAAUUAAACCGAUUUAAUUUUACUUAUGUGUGCGAUUUCAUCUCAGACGCAUUGUCUGAAUAACAAGUGUGCUCCAUAAGAAGGCCUACUUCAGUGAAGUAAACCUUCUUAUGGAACUGAGUCAGUGGCAGAAGCAAGAGAAAUCGUCUAAUGUGUGGCAUUGGUGGGUUUAAAAUGAUACUAUUUGAAAUGGCACUCUAAUGAUAAAAGUUUGAGGAAUCGCAAAAGAUGAUUGUUCGGAAAUGCUUUUUCCUAUAUAAAACCCAAAUACUUUUCUGCACUUUUGCUGUUGAGAACUUUUUAUACUGGAGACAUAGGAUGGCGAAUUCGAUCUUGCAACAAAGUGGAAAACUGUAGAUAAUAUGACUUUGGUGCAAAUGCCCAUGUUCAUAAUCCUUAGCUACCAUUUCUACCUAUUACUAUGAACUACUAUGCAUUAGUACUAGCAGUACUACCUAGUACUACCAGUACU